AUGAGGUAAUAAAAUGGCAAAUUUCAAAAGUAUUCAAAACAGUUAACGUUCAAUUUCGGUUUAUCACGGAUCAACGCGAGCAACGUGAAAGACAACGCGAAAGAGUAAAAAUACGAAAAAACAUAAAGUGAAGUGAAUUUCGUGUAUCAACAUGAAUAAAGUUGGCAUUCUAUUGACAUGCCUUUUCGGCCUCACCAUUGCCGCCAUUACAACAACCGGCGAUGAAGUUGCCUGCAAGUACCAAGACGAAUUGUGGGGCGCUGAAGAUGGCACGACAUUUUAUUUCUGCGAAAAGGACACCAACAGCGCAGUUUUACAAACUUGCCCCGAGGAAACAUUCUUCGUACGCAAUGCGACGCUCACCGGUUGCAUACCAAAUGCGCUGAUGGAUCCCAAUUGUGUAUCCACUAUUGAAGUGGGUCCCUGCAGCGGCAUUAACCUCAAACAACCACAAUCCAGUUCGGAGCCGACCAAGUUCUAUCUCUGCACCAGUGAAGGUGCCACGCCAUUGUUGUUGGAUUGUCCAGAGGGCAAGGCGUUCGUUAAGCAGGACGGUUAUUUGGGUUGCUUCGAUUGGACCGAAUGGCGUGCGAUACGCAAUUGCUAUACGCUGACCAAUCAGAUUUGAGUUGAAAAUUUAAUGAAAUUCAAAAUAUUUGAAAAUAUACUGGUCAUUCUGUAAA